AUGGGUGCGAAUACUUGGAUCCACGCUACCAACCUGCGGGUUGCUCGCAGCCCCGUGGGGAGGUGGUUCCGACUUGAGAAUUCUGGCCAUCCGCGUGAGCGGAAAGGUAGUUUCUUUUUCACCGAGUUGCGCGCCGGCCUUGCCACCUUCUUCGCCAUGGCAUACAUUAUUUCAGUCAACAGCAAUAUCACUUCGGAGACCGGCGGGACAUGCGUAUGCCCUGCUGAGAGCAUGGACGACUUCUGUGCUACAAACUCCGAAUACUUGCUGUGCGUGCAAGAGAUCAAGCGCGACAUUGUUACUGCGACUGCGGCUAUUGCGGCACUUUCUACUUUUUGCAUGGGGCUUUUCGCCAACCUGCCAAUCGCACUAGCACCAGGCAUGGGCCUGAAUGCAUACUUUGCCUAUACUGUCGUUGGAUAUCAUGGUAGCGGCUUGGUUCCUUAUUCUGUUGCUUUGACUGCUGUUUUCGUCGAGGGUUGGGUCUUCUUCGGCUUGACCUUGAUUGGCAUGCGACAGUGGCUUGCACGGGCACUGCCAUCUUCCAUUAAGCUUGCAACUGGCGUUGGAAUCGGGUUGUACCUCGCUCUAAUCGGUCUCACAUACAGUGCUGGUAUCGGCUUGGUACAGGGUGCACAGGAUACUCCCAUCGAGCUAGCCGGAUGCUACAACAGCCCUGAGAACUUCGAUAAGGAAACUGGUCUCUGUCUCAGCAGUACGAAAAUGCGCAGCCCGACCAUGUGGGUCGGUAUUUUCUGUGGUGGUGUCUUCACUGCGAUGUUGAUGAUGUACCGCGUCAAAGGCGCUGUGAUCGCAGGCAUUCUGCUUGUCUCGAUUAUAUCCUGGCCCCGAACAACCCCUGUCACCUAUUUCCCAUACACGGAGCUCGGGUCCAGCAGCUUUGACUUCUUCAAGAAGGUUGUUACUUUCCAUCCGAUCAAACAUACUCUCCUUGCACAAAAGUGGGAUAUCUCUGGCCACGGUAGCCAAUUUGGCUUGGCGUUCAUCACAUUCCUGUAUGUCGAUAUUUUGGACACAACAGGUACAAUGUACUCCAUGGCUCGAUUCGCCGGCACCAUCGAUGAGAAGACCCAGGAUUUUGAGGGUAGCGCCAUAGCCUAUAUGGUCGACGCCAUCUCCAUCUCCAUUGGUUCGCUUUUUGGCAGCCCACCGGUCACAGCGUUCGUCGAAUCCGGUGCUGGAAUCUCCGAAGGCGGCAAGACCGGUCUCACAUCCUGCAUGACUGGAAUCGCCUUUUUCAUCUCUGUAUUCUUUGCCCCGAUUUUCGCCUCCAUUCCACCGUGGGCAACUGGAUGUACGCUUGUGAUUGUUGGUGCUCUCAUGGCCAAAGCAGCCGCCGACAUCAACUGGCGCUACUACGGCGAUGCGAUCCCGGCCUUCCUUACUAUCGCCAUUAUGCCCUUCACCUAUAGUAUUGCAUAUGGUCUCAUCGCUGGAAUUCUCAGCUAUAUCAUUCUCAAUGGCACAGCCUGGAUUAUCGAGAAGGCUUCGGGCGGUCGCAUUGUUCCUCCGAAUAAGGAUGAGUCGGAUCCUUGGUCCUGGAAGGUUCCUGGAGGAUUCUUGCCGCCGGCCAUGCCUGAGGAGUAUGGAUCUUUCGGUUCAUCGCAGGAACGCGUGGCUAAUGAGAAGGGUCAGACUGCCGAGCCCGUUGUUGCUAAGCCAUUGUAG